GCUCCUGGAGAGUACUUCUUACGAGCAAUCUUGCAAGAAUACAAAUUUGAGCCGUCAACUACGACAAUUGUUGUGAAGGAAGGACAGCAUGAACAUGUCGAACUGCGAGGAAAGCGCGUCGCGUUCAGCUCACAUGACACGCUUUCGAAAUUUCGACUUUUUCAUCAUCAAAAUUGGCGAUCUCGUAGAUUUGUUCACGCUGUAACGGUAGCCGAGACCAGCGAGAGAUACGCAGCGCUGCGCUUGCCCCCGUGUUUUGUCCUGUGA